CAAUUAUAUCUGUGUAUAUGUAUGAGUAAAGUGGGCACUAGUGUAAACCAGCCGAAUAGCGGUAUACGGUGAAAACCUGCCGGGCAACCCCCACUAACCGCCAGACAACCCUUACUACUACAACUAUGGCGUAGUUCCCUUCGGUAUUUCAGUCAAUUUUAGUUCGUGCCAGUUCGUGCCUCCAUCUCCUUAAUGCUUCUCAAUGUUUCUUUGCUCCUUGCUUGCCAGCAGCAGCAGCAGCAGCAGUACAAGUAUUAGUAGCAGGAUAAAGAACGGAAUGUUAUACGGUAUUAUUUUGUUGUAUAUUACUGUGUUUUAGUUGAUAUUAAAUAAAUAAAGUGAAUUUAAUAUGUAAAAAAGUAUCUGAAAGACGUAAGUGUAUGAUAAAAGUGUAAUAAUUAAAUUAAAUCUGAAAAAUAAUAGUGUGUAUGUGUGUGUGUGAAAGAAUAAUGAAGCUCAAGUGAAACUUGUUGGUUUAUAGAAUUAUAUUAUUUAUUUAUACUAACUAAAGAUUAUUAAUUUUAAUUUAUAAUAAUUCAGUGUUGUGUUUUUUAUUUUUUUUUCUUUUUAAAAUAUUUGUUAUUAUAAUUUUUAUGCGCUCAUAUAUAUGAAUACUGUCGCGCAUUGACUGCACACAAGAAUAAACUAAAAUGGCGCUUGCAUUCACUCUUCGUGCACCACACAUACACACUUCUAUCAUCGACCAUGACAAAUUAUUCAGCAACGGUAAAUUGGAGUGAUCAAAGUAAAGCUUAUAAAAAUAAUUUGGAAUUUUUGAUAAAAAGUCCUAUUAUUUAUUAGUAUUUCAUUUUAUUAUUUUCGUUAAACUUUAGAAUUGUCUGUGUGUGUGCAUUUGUGUGUGCUACAGUUUUAACUGCAUUUUUACGGAUUUUUUUACAUCAGUAUUUUUUUCUUACAAGAACACGGUUAUAUGAAAUAAAAAUGAAAAUAACAAAGAAUAACACUAUAGUGAUGUUUCGAAGAUACAAUGUGCUACGAUAAUGGUGUUAUACUGUAAUAAAUAUAAAAAUUUAUAUUUGACAAGUUUCAUUUGUCAACAAACUCCAUAUUAUUAUCAUCAUCAACUGUGCUCACAAAUUAUUUAAAACUGAAACUAAGAGUAAGACUCUGUAAAUAAUAAUAAUAAUGAUGAUGAAACUUCGUAAUGUUUGAAAAAAGUUUGUUAUAAAACUUUUUCACAAAAGAAUAACGAACUUUAAAUUAUGUAUGAAAACUUAUGGAAACGAUAUGAAUGUUAUCAAAAUACUAAAGUGUGAUAAAAAUAAUGUCAAUUGAUGACGGAAUCGACAUUGUAUUACACUGGCGGUGGAUGAGGAUUUGAGUCGUUAUAACAAGUACAAUAAACAAUAUGUAUGCAAAUGAUAAAAAUUAUGUUACUUCCAUCACUAUCAUCUUUCUACUACUGUAUUUCGAUACAACAAUUCGAGCAGAACAAGUUGUUUUAUUGGACACGACAACGGAAGAAAUUUUAGAUUGGACAAAAUUUCCAUAUGGACCACAAGCCACAACACCUGGCUGGGUGGAGGAAUCAUUUACAAAUUUCGAUAAAGGAAUAAAUUGGCGAAGUUACGUGGUUUGCGAUGUCGCUUAUAAUAAUGUUAAUAACUGGCUUUGGACACCAUUUAUUGAACGUGGUCCAGCAAACCGAAUGUAUAUUGAGAUUAAAUUUACAACAAGAGAUUGUUCAUUAUUUCCGGGAAAUGCUCUAAGUUGUAAGGAAACAUUUUCUCUACUUUAUUAUGAAUUUGAUGCAGCAACUAAAGAACCGCCACCAUGGGAGCCAGAAAGUUAUAAAUUGAUUGGUCGCAUUGCUGCUGGAGAAGGACGAUUUAAUACAAAUACAGAAGUUGUAAUUAAUACAGAAGUUAAAUCUAUUCCAGUAACUAAAAAGGGAGUCUAUUUUGCAUUUAGAGAUCAAGGUGCUUGUAUCUCUAUACUUGCUAUAAAGGUUUAUUAUAUAAGUUGCCCAGAGGUAUCAGUGAAUUUUGCUCAUUUUCCGGCGACACCAACUGGCCGUGAAGUGGCAUUGAUUGAACAAACGAUUGGUACAUGUGUCGAUAAUGCUGUUAAAAUUGAACAGCCAACAUUUUUGUGUAAAGGAGAUGGUAAAUGGUAUUUACCUUCUGGUGGAUGUCACUGUAAGCCUGGUUAUCAAGCUGACAUUGAAAAACAGCAGUGUAAUGAGUGCCCUAUUGGAAAGUUUAAACAUGAAGCGGGUUCACAUACGUGUGAAAAAUGUCCUGCACACAGUACAGCACCAGAUUAUGGAUUUACUGAAUGCCGAUGUGAUGUUGGCUAUUUUAGAGCGCCUAAAGAUCCUAAAAAAAUGCCAUGCACACAACCGCCAUCCGCACCACAAAAUCUAACUGUUAGUUUUGUUGAUCAGUCAACUGUCAUUUUAUCAUGGAAUGCACCGCACAUGCAAGGUGGUAGGACUGAUACAACUUAUCGAGUUGUAUGUGACGCUUGCAGUUCAAAUGUCAAAUAUAUUCCAAACACUGAAAUAUUCAAUGACACUAAAAUCACAAUAACAGAUUUAAAUGCUGUCCAAACCUAUCGUUUUCAAGUUUUUGCUGAAAAUGGAGUGUCACAAAUGGUGAAACGUUCUGAAUAUGUAGAUAUCACUGUAACAACAGAAGCUAGUGUGCCCAGUCUUGUUAGUAAUGUUAGAAUUACAAAUGUCAAGAGUUCGGAACUUAGUAUAAGUUGGGAUGCACCAAUUACUCCAGAACAAUUAGGGGGAGUUGGUGAAAGUGACAUUGUAGAACGUUAUGAAGUACGAGUAUACCCACGUUUCGAUGAUGCAACGAAUGCAACAGUACUUCAAACACAUGAUCUGUCGGCAACCUUUAAAGGUUUAAAAUCGGCAACUGAUUAUGCAAUUCAAGUAAGAGCGAAGACAACACGAGGAUGGGGUGAAUAUACACCGGUGAUUUAUAAAAAGACUGCCCAUAUUAUGGGAUUAGAUCACGCCGGUGAUGAUGAUAAUAUGCAAGUGCGAAUAAUUGCAGGAGCAAUUGUCGCAGUAGUAGUUUUACUUGUGAUAAUUAUUAUCAUGACUGUAUUAUUUUUAAGAAGCAGAGCUUCUGAUGAAUGUAAUAAGAAACAACCAAGCGAUUGUGAUACACUGGAAUACAGAAAUGGUGAAGGACUAGUUGUGACCUACAUGACUACACCAUUAUUUACACCGGGUGGAGUGAAUUCAAGUGGUACUACUGCUGCUGCUAAUGCCGGUGCUGGUAGUGGUGGUAGUGCUACUGCUGCUACUGCUGGUGGUGGAGCAAAUAGUGCAAAAAGUUAUGUCGAUCCUCAUACAUAUGAAGAUCCAAACCAAGCAGUACGUGAAUUUGCUCGAGAGAUUGAUGCUGGAUAUAUCACUAUUGAAGCGAUUAUAGGUGGUGGAGAAUUUGGAGAUGUAUGUAGAGGAAAAUUAAAAUUACCACCAGAUGGACGAACAGAAAUAGAUGUGGCUAUAAAAACAUUGAAACCUGGCUCAGCAGACAAAGCGCGUAAUGACUUUUUAACUGAAGCGUCAAUAAUGGGCCAGUUUGAGCAUCCAAAUGUGAUAUUUCUUCAGGGUGUUGUGACAAAAAGUAAUCCAGUGAUGAUUAUUACGGAAUUUAUGGAGAACGGUAGUUUGGACACAUUUCUACGUGCAAAUGAUGGUAAAUUUCAAGUGUUACAAUUGGUGGGAAUGUUAAGAGGUAUUGCGAGUGGAAUGCAAUAUUUAGCUGAGAUGAACUAUGUUCAUCGAGAUUUAGCAGCAAGAAAUGUUCUUGUUAAUGCCACACUAGUUUGUAAAAUUGCUGACUUUGGACUUAGUCGUGAAAUUGAAAGUGCAACAGAAGGUGCUUACACGACUCGAGGUGGAAAAAUACCUGUACGUUGGACUGCACCAGAAGCAAUAGCAUUUAGAAAAUUUACAAGUGCAUCAGAUGUUUGGAGUAUGGGCAUAGUUUGUUGGGAAGUUAUGUCGUAUGGUGAAAGACCAUAUUGGAAUUGGUCGAAUCAAGAUGUUAUUAAAUCAAUUGAGAAAGGAUACCGAUUACCAGCACCAAUGGAUUGUCCUGAAGCUAUAUAUCAAUUAAUGCUUGAUUGCUGGCAAAAAGAGCGAACUCAUCGACCUACUUUUGCAAAUCUCACACAAACAUUGGAUAAACUUAUACGAAGUCCAGAUACAUUAAGAAAGAUUGCUCAAAACAGGGGAACUAAUCCGUUGGCUCCAGAUGCAGUGGAUUUGACCCAAUUAACAUCUGUAAAUGAGUGGUUAGCAUCUAUCAAAAUGUCACGUUAUUCAGAAAGUUUUGAAAGAGCUGGUAUAAUAAGUUUGGAAGCAGCAGCAAGGAUGACUGUACAAGAAUUGACAGCACUUGGUAUAACUUUAGCAGGUCAUCAGAAAAAAAUAAUGAAUAGUGUUACGGCAUUGAGAGCGCAAAUGUCGGCAGCUACGUCCCAGGGCUUUCUUGUUUAAUAAUUAAUUAUAUUUACAUUCCAUUGGACCCUAAAUAGCAACAACGAUAAAAAUUAUGGAAAUAAUAUGUAGUGUAAUUAGUAAUGAUAAAAUGUGAAAUGAUGGUUAAUAUAAUAUAAAAAUAUAUACAUAUAUAAUUAUUAUAAUUAUAUGUAUAUAUAUUUAUAUAUAAAUAUUAGAAAUGGAAAAGUGAGAGAGAGAGAGAGAGUGUGAGUGAAUGACAAACAGUGAAGUCAUAAAAGCAAUAACACUGCCUAAUUUUUUUGAUGCAUUUAUUUUUUUGUAUUAUUUUUUAUAUCUAAUGAAUUGUGUUCUGUUGUAUAUAUAUAUGAACUUUAUAUACAUUUAUAUACACAAUAAUUGCAAAAAUCCAUGACGACAAACCAUGUGUAUUUACAAACAAAUAAUAAUGUAUAUUUGAUUUAAAAUUAUUCUUUUACACUUGUUUUUAUGCACAGCAUUAGCAGCAGCAAUAAAUAAUGUUUCAAUAGCCUUAAUUUUAUUAUAAUAAUUAAACGAUUUUAAAAAAUCGCAGAAAAAAAAAGAAUAAUAGAAUAUUUAAUGGCCUAAUAUACUUUUGCUUUACUAAAUUGUUUGUUAAUUUUUAUUUUCAUUAUUUUAAUAUUGAAAAAUGUAAUUUAAUCAUGUAUGUAUGCGUGUAUGUAAUAUUUAAAACAAAAAAUACGUACUGAAAGUUUUACAUAUACUUGACACAGUUGAUAUAAAAUUACGAUAAUGUAAUUUAAAAAAAAAAAAAACAAAAAAAAAAAAGAAAAGGCUUAAACUUGAUAUUUACACAAAGUAUAUAUGAAAUUUAGUGUAAAAAGGAUGAAAAAAAUGAUUUACUAUGAUAAAAUUUUCGUAGUUUUAAUCAAAUAAGAUAAAUAAAUAAAUCUUUUAUAUUAAUGAAUUAUAGAAAUAAUAAUAGAAAAAAUAUAAGUAAAAACGAAAGAAAGAGUAAACCGCAAUGAUUAAGCAAUAAAAAAAACCGAUAAAUUUGAGUGGUAAUUUGCAGAGAUAAAAAAAAGAUAUCGUGUUAAAAUGUAUCAUUUUUAAUAGAAUAGUAUAAAAUGAAAAAAACGUUAGAAAAAUUAAUAAAAAAGAAAAGGCAAAGGGCUAAUAAAGAUGAAGUAGAUGAAAAUUUAUCAAAUAUAAGGGUGUAAAAUGCUGCAGCUUGUAUGUGAUACGAAGAUAUAGAGGUCUGUGUAUGUGUGUUGAGAAAGGCUUUGUACAUAGAAAACAUACAGAAAGAAAAAGAGAAUGAAAAUAUAAGAAAAAUUUUAAUGAAUCAAAAAAUGACAAAAUUUAAUAUUAACAAUAAAAUAGGUAUAUUUAAAAUUGGAACAAUUUAUCUUAAUGAUCAUUGAUCCGUGUAUACAAUGCGUAUUUACAACGCAGUCACAAAACGAAUUUAUAAAUAUCUCGAUAGUUUACAUUUGUUUAAUUUUUUGUUUUAAUUUAUUUGAUAAUUAUAAUGAAUAAAUCAAUCAAUGUAAUAAAAAAAAAAAAAACAAGUACAUAGUAGAUGAGAAAAGAUAAAGGAAUUAUUAUUUAUUUAUUGCCGGUUUUUGUUGUAUUUCGAGAUGAAAAAUAUUGAUAGAGAUAACGUGUACAUUAUUGUGUGUAUAUGAGUAUGUGGGGAUAUGAAUGGGAAAAUGUAUUAAUAUUGUGGAAAAAAUAAUGGCACUAUAAUAAAAAAUAACAUAAAAAUAA